AAAAUAGCACUACCAAAAUGACAAAAGUUUAGGUGUCCAUACCUGCAAGAAAUCGUGUUCCGCAGCUUCCAGAAUUGUCACCUUCUGUUAACGAACCCAGCCCAGAUAACGUGCUUCUCAUGACUAGGAACACUGUGACAAACGUCACCUCUGAAAAAGACACUUUUUCCCCACAUUUCUGUUACAAAGUUAUGAUUACAAACUCCAAAUGAUGCAAGAAAAGCCUUUCAGAUAAGACACUAUUUAAGAAGGUUCAUGAAUGGCAACCAGACUACAAUUUAUAUCAUUGUUUUCUCUGUGGGUCUUUCAAUCUUGAAUUUGCAGGGAUCAUAGUUAUGGAGUUGGGGAAGAUCUUAUUGCUUUCUGUCAUACUUUCCCUGACAUUUGUAGCAGCGAAGAGCAUUGAGUUCACAGAAGAGGACUUGGCUUCAGAAGAGCGCCUCUGGGACUUGUACGAGAGAUGGAGGAGCCAUCACACUGUUUCUCGAGACCUAGAUGAGAAACAGAAGCGUUUCAAUGUCUUCAAAGCAAAUGUGAGGUACAUCCAUAAGGUGAACAAGAUGGACAGGCCUUAUAAGCUGAAACUGAACAGCUUUGGGGAUAUGACCAACUUUGAGUUCAGAAGUGCUUACAGUUCUAAGAUAAAACAUCAUAGGAUGUUCCGUGGCCCCAGAGCAGUGACUGGAUUUAUGUACGAAAAAGCUGAAAACCUGCCCACCUCUAUUGAUUGGAGAACGAAUGGUGCUGUCACUCCUAUAAAAAAUCAAGGAAAAUGCGGUAGCUGUUGGGCAUUUUCAACUGUGGUAGGGGUUGAAGGAAUCAACAUGAUCAAGACUGGGCAACUGCUCUCUUUGUCUGAACAAGAACUUGUUGAUUGUGAAAAGGACAAUGAGGGCUGCAAUGGAGGACUAAUGGAGAACGCGUUUGAGUUCAUCGAGAAGGAAGGAGGAAUAACAACAGAAAUACUAUACCCUUACAUUGCCAAGGAUGAGAAUUGUGAUUCAUCAAAGAUGAAUGCUCCUGUGGUGAUGAUUGAUGGUCAUGAAAAUGUACCAGAAAAUGAUGAAUAUGCUUUGAUGAAAGCUGUAGCACACCAGCCAGUGUCUGUUGCCAUAGAUGCCAGUGGCUCAGAUUUGCAAUUCUACUCUGAGGGUGUGUUUACCGGAGACUGUGGCAAGGAGCUAGACCACGGAGUAGCCAUUGUUGGCUAUGGAACAACUCUUGAUGGAACAAAAUAUUGGACAGUGAAGAAUUCAUGGGGAACUGGUUGGGGAGAAAAAGGUUACAUUCGGAUGCAACGCGGGGUUGAGGCUGAGGAGGGGCUCUGUGGCAUAGCCAUGGAGGCUUCGUACCCGAUCAAGAACUCCGCUGACAAUCCGAAGCAUGCAACAUACAAGGAUGAACUCUAGGAUCACAUCCCCAUUGUCUCAACUGAAGUGAUAGUCAUCCAAAAUUGCUGUUACUUUCUUUUAAAGGUACUACUGCUUUUAGUUUGGGUUGAAUAAAGUAAGAGGGCUUUUUCUAUACGUUGUAGUCUUGUAGAUCCUAAAAAGCUCAUAAUGGAAUGCGUCAUUUCUUUUAUUUAAUUAUUUCAUACUCUUUUUAUGAUGA